UAUGAGUAACCGACGAAGAAAGACGAACUUGUUGUUAGAUCUGGAUAACAUUUCAUCUGAAGAGUCUUCACCCGGUGAAGGGCUUUCUGAGACUAUUCAUGUUCCCAUAAAUUAUCUCGAAGAAACUGAUGAUGAUGUUGUUGAAUGUUCACCUCGAGCUUUUGCCCAGGCUGUGGCCAAUGCAAGAAGAACUCGUAGGAGGGUUACAAUUGACUUGAGUUUGGAAUGUCAACCUAUGCCAACACCUGUUAUGCACUAUAGACAGAACAUAGAAAAUCCAACUAUGCCAUCAGAGAACAUUGUGAAUCCAACUAUCACAACAUCUGUUAUGCAUUACACAGAGAACAUAACUGGACCUAUUGGUCAAAAUAAUAUAAAUUUGGGAGCCAUCAUCAAUGAAGCUGAAAAUGACAAACGAACACCAGAAACUAACAAGGAAGUUUCUAAGCCUAAGAUUCCAGAAAUUGAACCUCCAAAAGAGACUGCACCUCUUAAUGAGCCUAUCUUAAACUGCCCAAUAUGUAUGGAAGGUUUUGUUGAGGAAAUGUCAACAACAUGCGGCCAUAUUUUUUGCAAGACUUGCAUCAAAAGAGCAAUAUCAAGACAGCGAAAAUGCCCUACAUGCAGAAAAAAUCUUGCUUCUAGAGGGCUAAGAAGGGUGUUUCUUCCAUCUUCCAAUUGAAGGAUCAUCCAAGCUAUGUUGAAUGAAAAUUGGAACUUGAUUGUGCUACUUUUAGCAUUGGUGAAGGAUUAUGUUAUUUAAAAUAUGUUACUUUGAGCCUAUCUGACUAUGUUUAAUUAUUGUCAUGUACCAUUUCUCAUCAUUUC